ACCACUUAGGCCUAUAUAAAAGCAUCCAAAAAGCAGCAUGUCAUGGGACCUUUAAGGGAAUGCUAAGUACAGACCGUAUUUUACUCAUAAAUCCAAAACCGCCAUUCUAAAAACCCGUAGGAAAUUCCAAAGUGAACACAUGGUUGAAAAAUGGCUAAUUAUCUGGCUGGUUUUAGGACCUCAAACUGCUGUAUUGGUUUAGCUGUUUUGGUUAAGCCUUUUGUACAUGCCAGUACUUGAUCCUGGUUACGUAUUCCAGAUAUCAUGUUACUUGAUUUUGUAAUAUAUUAACAGUCAGAUUUGUUUUUUUUAGAAAAGAAUUUCCAUUGCAUUUUAUUUCAGUAGUGUUAUGUGAAAACCACCUUUGCACAUGAAUAUAUGGAUACAGUAUAGUUUACAGAGACAAAUGACGCUCAAGCCAAACAGGCCAUCAAGCCUGUCAGCUAUGGAAUGCAGAGGGUAGCACCUGGCCCUGAGAUAUGGAAAGAUAUGGCUUCAAACAAGCACUUCUGUCCAUUUCCAACAACGGAAACGGUGAACAAAAGAUCUUUGCAGCAGGUGGAAGAAGAUGCCGUUCUUGGGCCAAGACUGGAGAUCACCAGGCUGGAGCUGGAUCAAAACUGAGGAUGGCUGGAAACGCUUUGAAUAUUUCAACCACAAACUGGGAGACAACAUCAAUGAACUUUCCUUGGAAGAAUUGGACAAUGACAAGGAGAAUGUCUACGUGGGAGAUGUCUGUGAAGUAGCUGCCAAGAAGAGAAAAAAAGACUUCUUCAACAACAAUACUAAGUCACAGUUUUUGUUCCAGGAGAGGUGGAUCUACGUUCAGAAGGAGAGUACGCGAGAGAGGCAUGGGUACUGUACGCUUGGUGAGGCCUUCAAUCGUCUAGACUUUUCCAGCGCCAUUCAGGAUGUGAGGCGCUUCAACUAUGUGGUCAAUCUUCUGCAGUUGAUUGCCAAAUCCCAGCUGACGUCUUUGAGUGGAGCUGCUCAGAAAAACUAUUUCAAUGUCCUGGAGAAGAUUGUGAGAAAAGUUCUGGAUGACCAUCAGAACCCACGUCUGAUCAAGGCGUUGUUGAAUGAUCUAAGCUCCACACUCUGCAUCCUCAUCCGAGAAGUUGGGAAGUCUGUGCUGAUUGGCAACAUCAACAUUUGGGUCUGCCGUUUAGAAACCAUCUUAAACUGGCAGCAGCAGCUCAACAAUUUACAAAUUCCAAAGCAAGUUUCAAAUGGCAUGACACUGAGUGACCUCCCUUUGCACAUGCAAAACAACAUCCUGUAUAAGUUUAGUGAUGCCUGUGACAUCAUCAAUCUGGGACAAGCCACACCAACACUGCACAUGCUCAGUGAGGACCGGCAUCUGUGGAAGAAACUGUGCCAGUUUCAUUUUGCUGAGAAACAGUUCUGCAGGCACUUGAUUCUGUCAGAGAAGGGCCAUGUGGACUGGAAGCUGAUGUUUUUCACACUUCAGAAAUACUACCCUCAGAAAGAACAGUACGGAGACACUCUGCAGUUCUGCAAGCACUGUAGCAUCCUCUUCUGGAAUGACAGACACCUGGCUUUGAUCUUUAAGGACUCAGGACAUCCUUGCACAGCGAACGAUCCAGACAGCUGCCUCACCCCCGUCUCUCCUCAGCACUUCAUAGACCUCUUCAAGUUCUGAAAUUCAGAAUGUUCUCGGACCUCUGACCUUUUGAUAACCUCUAACCAAGACUCUGAAACUGAUCAGAUAUGUUCGACUUUUCAACUCUGUGCUCCAAACCAUGUCCUUUCCUUUUAUGUUUCCCAGACAGUCGUUCUGUUAUUAAAACGUUCAAACUUCCGAAAAUGUAACUAAUAAUUGAAUUUUCUGUUGCCUCACCCAAACUUUAAGGGCUUAUGGAAAGAUGUCAUAAUAUUAGUGUUUCUUUUGUAUUGUCCUCUUUUUUUUUUUUUGUUCCUCAUUACGUUCUCAGAGAAUUCAUUUGUUCUUUAAGCACAGAAAGAUGGGAGAUAAACAGCAAAAAGAGGCAGGAUAUGUGAAGGUUUGUUAAAAAAGAAAAAAAAAGAAAAAAAAAUUGCUUUUGGGAAAGACAAACUGAAGCGAAAAGUGUGGGAGAUCCUAAGCAGAGGUUAUCUUGUCUUUUCAUGUAUGUAUUUUCAUUUCUAUACCAAUGAAAUGCAUGUCAGAAGUAGUCGUAGGUUCAUGUUUACGUGGGUUCUCGUGUCGUUUUGUCAUGCUGUGCGUAUAUAUUUGAUGCGUCAACACUAAAGUGUACAUUUGCUGCACAAAACAACUUUUUACGAUACACUUUUGUCAAAUCUGUUGCGAGGGCAGAUGGAAAAUCUAAUGUAAGCUUUGCUAUUUAUGAACAAAUGUAUUUUAUAUCCUUUCUCUGAACUUUGUAAUAUUCCUUUGCUAUUCCAGUAAUAUAAAUGUCAUUGAAAUGGGUUAAGUGUAGGAUGUGUUUGGUACGAUCAAGCAUUUGCAAGAAACAUCGUUACCUAAAAUAAUUAAAACUUUUGGGAAAUA